GGACUCCAGAAUUUGUUCUCUGGGUAGAGUCUGCCAAGGCUGGAGAGAAGCCUGUGCCUGCAGCUGGCUGGUUCCAGGGACGAUGCGGAUCCCACCAUUCCUAACUCUCCCCAUGGAGAGCAACUGGGCUGCCUAUUUGCUCUCACAGACUUUGUGCCAGAUGCUGCUGUGGACAGCUGUGCUAAAUCUUGCUGCUGGGACACAUGCAGAUCUCCCGAAGGCCAUGGUGAAGCUUGAGCCCCCAUGGAUCCAGGUGCUGAAGGAAGACAGGGUAACUCUGAAGUGUGAAGGGACCCACAGCCCUGGGAACGAUUCCACCCAGUGGCUCCACAAUGGGAAUUCCCUCUGGAGCCAGGUCCAGCCCAGCUACACGUUUAAAGCCUCGGACAACGACAGUGGAGAAUACCAGUGCCGAAUGGGGCAGACCAGCCUCAGCGACCCUGUGCAACUGGGAGUGAUUUCCGACUGGCUGCUGCUCCAGACCCCUCAACUGGUGUUUGAGGAAGGGGAAACCAUCGUGUUGCGGUGCCACAGCUGGAGGAACAAAUUCAUGAGCAAGGUCACAUUCUACCAUAAUGGAAAGUCUAUAAGAUAUAAUCAUUUCAUUAGCAACGUCUCCAUCGCCAAAGCAAAUCACAGCCACAGUGGUGAUUAUCACUGCACAGCGCGUCUAGGACAGGCACAACACUCGUCAAGGCCUGUGACCAUCACUGUCCAAGAGCCCAGAUCCAGUGGGUCUUUACCAAUAUUGACAAUUGUGGCUGCUGUCACUGGAAUUGCUGUAGCUGCCAUUGUUAUUAUCCUAGUAUCUUUGAUCUAUCUGAAGCGAAAACAGGCUCCAGCUCUCCCAGGAAACCCUGAUCACAGGGAAAAGGGAGAUACCCUUCCCAAGGAACAGGGUGAGUACAGCGUUCCCUCUGGGGACUCAGUGCCGGUCAGCCCAGGGCCUCCAUGUGGACAGGAGCCAGCAAGCAACAGCUCUUACAACUCUCCUGAUCUUGAAGAAGCUGCCAAAACCGAGGUUGAGAAUACAAUCACCUAUUCACUUCUCAAGCAUCCUGAAGCUCCGGAUGAAGAUGCAGAGCAUGAUUACCAGAACCACAUUUAAUCUUCCUUGUCUUGACUUGGGAUUGGGAAAAGCAAACAGGAAGGCCAGGAUAUAUGGUCUCCUGGUCAAGGGGAUGCUGUAGAUAUUAAGGAGGCCAUGCAUAGUCACCUAUGUGAGUCCCCAAACCAACAGACACUACGGUACUGGUCCCCAGUGGUUGACUGUACUAAUAACUUCUAUGACUUACCGCUUCCCAACUCAAGUCUCUUCUACUAUAGAUUUACACAGCCAAUGAAACUAAUCAACUUACUGUCAUUAACAGAUUUCAGAAACAUGGGCACAGCUUAUGUUACUGUCUACAUGAGAACAAUUAUGUUAGGAUACAUGAUCUCAUCGAUGAUAAAAUGGAAUUGUACCAACAUGUCAAAAGUUAGCUUCAGGGUGAUGGAAUUAUAAAGGAUUUAGUCUUCCUCCUUAUUUUUCUAUAAAGGUCACCUGUUACUUUUAUAGUAAAACGUUGUAAAAAUAACCUUGUAUUUACUUUUUCAAGGCUGAGGUGAUUGGAGUGUAGACUGAGUUCUCUGAGUUUGUUGGUCUUCUGGGAGAAGAAUCUUGGGGAGAUGGGCUAGCUUUUCCUGGGGAGACAUAAGCAUCUCAGGUAGGGAGCUAAUGAAAAAUAAUGAUUAUACCCAAGUCUAGUUUGGUGCACCAGAGAGUUUAUUGGGCUUCUUUAUGGGAACAUGGAUGAGGGGUUCCUUACAGAGGUGUGGGUGAUUCCUUGCAAGGGUGUGGGUGGCUUUAAAACAGCAGUCUUAGCACAGAUGACAACUUCUUUACAGUUGCAUAGCUGGGGCCCUGACCCCCUUCAGUUAGUUGACUUUCCUCAAACUGUCAAUCCACCUGCCUCUGCCUUCAGAGCUCCACAGUGAGAAGCAUGCACUAUCCACCACAUCUGGCCUGGUAGUGAUAGAUGGGGGGGCUAGAUGGUGAUGGGGGGUUAGAUGGUGAUGGGGGGUUAGAUGGUGAUUUGGAGUAGAGGGCGAGGGCUUCUCUGCUGCAAGCUGACUGCUCUUCCAGGGAUCGCGUCUUGCUGUUUCCUCACCGUCUUCUCUUUUCUCCCGUGACAAGUAGAAUAAUCACUCCGUUUUGUAGCACAAGUUCUCAGGAAGCCAGGUGAAUGCCCGUGGGAACCGGAGGAUGCCCUUGAACUCCUGAUCCUGCUGCUUUCACCUCCUAACUGCUGGGAUUACAGGCAUGUGUCACCACACAGAGCUGGCAUAUAUGUACUUUUUAAAAAAUCGGAUCACAUUUUUAUAUGUUCACAAAAUCACUCGGGUAGAAAUUUAAGCGUGCUGUAACAACAGAAGUUCAGAGUAUAGAGGUAUAAGGCAGAGGCUCUCUGUUGUCCUCAUUCCCCUUAAUUUGCUCUCGUUCUUUCUUUCUCUUGAAUAACCACUGUUGUAGGUUUGGUGCACAUUUGGAUUUUUGUAUGGAAAUUUAAUAUAUUAUAGUUUUUAGAAAGCCUAUGCAUGGGACCAUACAUUACACAUGAUUAUAUUGUUGACUGAUUUUGUUCAACAAGAAGGUGGCUGGUGAUUGCGGCUCCAGGUUCAUUGAGAGACCCUGUCUCAAAGGACUAAGAGAGAGAAAGAGCAGAACAUCCGAUGUUUUCCUUUGACAUCUGCACACCCACAUAUAGGCACAUUUCCCAUGUGUGUGCAUCCAACAGACACACAAAUAAAAUAGAUAAUAACCCUCUCUCCAGAAAUUCUGCUUUGAAAUUCCUGAUAACCAAGACACAUUGCAUGGAUUUUAGUGGUUCAGUACAAAUACAUGAACAAGCAAGGUUGUUUGACACAAGGGAGAAUGCAUCUGCAAGCGCUUGUAUUCCUAACAUAGACCUUCAGUAAAAGCCUUACAUACCCCUUGAAUCAAAAGAGGUCUUUCUCGUAUCAUCCUUAGCAAGGUCUCUCCUGACCACUGAUAUUACUUUGUUCUUAUUUUCUCUGUGGUACAGUGUGGGUGAUUAUGUAUCUUCUUGUUUAUAUAUUCUCAUGUAAACUAAAAUGUAAGCUCAAUGUAGUCCUGUUGUCAUUAUUCACUAAUGUAUUCCAGAGACCAGAACAAUGCAAUACAUUGUUGAAUGAAUUAAUAAAUAAAACUCUCCUCUCGUA